UCGUACGCCUAAUAACACAAACGAUUAAGCUUACUACUGUAGCUCGUAUUUUCUCAACUUUCGUCCCAAAGCAUAUUGGCUCGAUCGCGAAAUAUCGCCGCAUCAGUUCGAAAUGAAAUCUGUCAUUGUGUUGGGCAAAACAGCGAGAGAUUUAGAAUAUUAGGGGACAAGAAGGAGGUGCUCGGAGCGUUCGCAAAAGUAUUUCAGUAUCAGAACUGAUCGAUAAGCGGGCGCGUUUAUCAUAUUACACUCGCGAGUAUUGGAUCAAUGUUCUCUGUUCGUGGAUGGCUUAAGCCGUUUCUUCGUACAACGAUUUUCUUCUUCCUCUUUUACAUACACACGCAUUUUAACUCGUAGCGUCCAAAACGAUCGUAUUUUUUUGCUGCUGAAAAAUUUUUGGUGUUUUUUUUUUUCGUGUGCUGCGUGGAAAUUUUCUCGUCGUCGUGUGUUUUUAUUCGCGACAUUUUACCGCAUGUCGUAAUUAAAUCAAGAAUAUCACACGUUCAGACAACAGCCAAUGGCGGAGAACUAUCAGCUUAAGUGGCAUAGCCACGGAGCGUAUUUACAUACGUCGAUAGCGACCUUACAACGAUCUCAGUGUUUUACGGAUGUUACUUUAUGCACGUUGGAAGGCAAAUGCAUGAUGGCUCAUCGAUUCGUCUUAUCAGCGUGCAGUUCGUAUUUCGACAAAUUACUCCAGCAAGCCUACACCGUAUCGCAUAUGGUGCCAUUAUUUAUAGUUUUACCUCCCGAAGUGAACCAUCAAACUUUAUCGGUUCUUCUGCAAUAUAUGUACAGUGGCGAAGCGACUGUCGCCAAUUCGUUACUCAACAACGUACUCAAAGCUGGCGAAAUCUUGAAAGUCAGAGGCCUGUAUCAAGAGGCCGAUAUUACCAAUGCCAGCCUCAACGAUCCCAAAUCUUACGUAAGCUCUGUGAAAUACGUUAAUUCAAAGGUGACCGGUAUACUGACACCGCAGAAUUCCAAAGAUGUUACGAAGGCUAUCGUUCGAAAGGACAACACUAAAGAAAACGUUAAAGUUAUACGAGCCAAAGGCCCGCAAAAAGCUAGCAUUACUAAUAUAACCAACGGAGCGAAAUUAAGUUCCGAUGUCACGUGUAAAGAAAAGUCGAGUAGCGACGACUCGGUUAAAAAUGAGCCUCUCGAUGAAGAAUUGUCGAAAGUUAUCCAAGAAGGACCCGAGACUCAAAUCGUUAUCAAAGAAGAACCUCUCGAGUGGGAUGAUAAUAGCGACAUCGAAACGCAUAUGACUAUCCAACCUGAAGUAUCUUACGCUUCGACCGAUGACCAAGACGAUACUGAAAAUCAUUUCUACGCUCCUUUAACCUGUGACCUGUGCCAGGAAACGUUCACUACUCCUGCGUUAUGGGUCAGACAUACCCAAACUCAUGAAUUAACCGGUGAUAUGCCUGCCAUGAAGAGGAAAAGAAGUGGAGACGGUGAUAACGACAAAUCAGACUCCGGACCCGAGUACCUGCCUAAUCUACGCUGCGAACUAUGCCAAGAAGUAUACACAUCACCGGCCGAAUGGGUCAGACACAUACAGAACACCCAUACAGACGAGCAAUUAGCCUUAUCGAACAACUACACCUACAGUGACGAAGCCGAAACACCUUAUGUGCCACCUAAUCGUAAAAAACUAGUCAACGGACGACAACAAUGUCCUCUUUGUAGCAAAACUUUCCCAUCUCACGCUUCGAUGAUGAUCCACACCAGAACUCACACCGGUGAAAAACCAUACCUUUGCAACGUCUGCGAAAAAGGCUUCAACGUAAAAAGCAAUCUUCUAAGGCAUAUGAGAACGUUACACGACGCUGUAAUCAGCCCUGCCAUGGUUAAAACCUAAAUUUAAUUUCUAAUUUGUGACAAAAUAAAUUGGUUCACAGAGAGCUGUAUAAUCUAGAACUCGCGUGUGUACGUAUCUGGAAAUGUGCAGUUAUU